ACAAAAGUUGUAAUCCGUAAUUUGCCACCUGGUAUGACGGAUGACACAUUUAAGACGGUUCUGGAAAGCCUUGCGGGCGGGCGCUACACCUGGUUGUCUUAUUUUCCAGGGAAAGUCAGCCUGAAGCGGGUGGUCUUCUCCCGCGCAUACGUCAACUUCUUGACCGCUGAGGAUGUUUACGACUUCAAGCAGCGCUUCGACGGGCACGUUUUCAUUGGCCAAAAAGGACACCAGUAUAGGUGCUCCGUCGAAUAUGCCCCCCUUCAAAAA